GGCCAUCUUGGAAGCUGAAGAGGUUGAGGCGGCUGAGGCGGCGGCAGCGGUGGCGGCCCUGCGGCGGUGCUGCUGUUCCGCGCGGGCCCCACUCUUCGCUCCCUGCUCCAGCCUCGACCACGGCGAUCCUGAGCGCGGCGGCGGCCCACGCGCGGCGACGGGGAGAGAUGAGCAACAACAGCACUAAGAGAGCACCAACUACAGCCACUCAGCGACUGAAACAGGACUACCUUCGAAUUAAGAAAGACCCAGUGCCUUACAUCUGUGCUGAGCCCCUCCCUUCCAACAUUCUUGAAUGGCACUACGUGGUCCGAGGCCCUGAGAAGACUGCUUACGAAGGUGGCUACUACCACGGAAAGCUGAUUUUUCCCAGGGAAUUUCCCUUUAAACCUCCUAGUAUUUAUAUGAUAACCCCCAAUGGAAGGUUCAAGUGCAAUACGAGGCUGUGUCUUUCCAUCACGGAUUUCCACCCAGACACGUGGAACCCAGCCUGGUCUGUCUCCACCAUCCUGACUGGGCUCCUGAGCUUCAUGGUGGAGAAGGGCCCCACCCUGGGCAGCAUAGAGACGUCAGAGUUCACGAAGAGACAGCUGGCUGCCCAGAGUUUAGUGUUCAACCUGAAAGACAAAGUCUUCUGUGAGCUCUUUCCUGAGGUCGUGGAGGAGAUUAAACAGAAACAGAAAGCACAAGACGAGCUCAACAGCAGGCCCCCGGCGCUCCCCCUUCCAGACGUCGUUCCGGACGGGGACACCCACCACGCCCAGAACGGGCUUCAGCUCCUCAACGGGCACGCGCCCGGCGCGGGGCCGCACCUCGUGGGGCUCCAGCAGGCCAACCGGCACCACGGACUCCUGGGCGGCGCCCUGGCGAACUUGUUUGUUAUAGUCGGGUUUGCAGCCUUUGCCUACACGGUCAAGUACGUGCUGAGAAGCAUCGCCCAGGAGUGAGCCGCACGUGGUGACUGCGGAGGGGUCAAACAAGGGACGCUGGGCCCGGGCUGGACACUGGCUGGCAGGAUGCACUGUUGAGCACAGGGCAGACCACCUGACUCUCCUGGGUUAGUGUCUUAAAAACCGUUGAGAGGAAAAUGAGAACAGCCGGAGCGUGUGGGUCGGGUCUGGUACAUUCAGACAUGCGUUCCCGGGUCUCAGGGUCUGUGGAGCUCGGGGGUCGAGGAGGAGGGGCCUCACGCUUUGGUUUUAUACCACAUCUCCUGUAUCGUCUUUUGGACCUGUUUUAGUAAAUCUGUUUUUCAUUUUAUAGAUUUGGUCACUUAAAAAUACAAAACUCAAUGCCUAUCAAA